UGUUGAUGAGUCAUCACAAACAAUGGAAAUUAAAGAAAAUGAUGUCCGCCCUGAUCCCAUUGGAAUUUCUUCAAGUUCAAGGUCUGAUAAAGAGCCCACCAAAAACGAAAACGUUGCUACUAGUGUAACUAACAACGUGGUUGUGGCUGAUAGAAACAUGUUGAAAACAACAUCAUCCAUUUUACUGCUUGGUACACAGCACAGUAAUAAACACCUUUUAAAAAGAUCGAUUAUAAAUGGAGAUUAUACUAUUGAGAAAACAAAAAACUUGAAAAUAGUUGUCGAUUCAAAAAGCAGGGAAGUAUUACUUCAAAUUGCUAAACCUUCGAUCGGAAAUUUCCUUAACAUUGAACUUCAGGAUUUUGAUAAAAUAUCACUGCAUUACACUAAACGUGGUGACCAGGUUAUCAAACUUGUAGACGGGCCUGUGUUUGAGGCACACAACGUACACAAAUUCAACGACGAUAUAAAAAAGUGUAUCGUUUUAAGUCAAGAAGGAUAUAAUUCUAUAAUUGUGGCAUUUACAGCAGACAGAGUGAGAGAGUGUAAUUUAUUGUUAAAUAUAUUGCAUGACAACUUCUCUGUGAAUAGGAAUAACGUUUUUCCAAUGUUAAUUUAUGAAAACGAAUAUAAAUUUGCUACGAAAAUGAUAAAAGAAUAUAAUGCAAUACUAAAUGAGUAUCAGGUGAGGUUUAUAAAAUAUAACAUUGAGAACCACACAAAGGAAAUGAGCACAUUUUUUACACUUGUGAAUCAGAUAACAACCACAUGUACCAGUCAUCUUCUGUGUAAAAAUAAAGAAAACUUCCUGCAAUACGGAGAAUGGGAAGAGAUUUUAAAAGAAAUCUAUUUACUUCUUGAAAAAGCUUUGAUUGAGCGUAUAUCAAUGCAGAACGAAGUUGAGGAACUUUUAGAACACUUAAAACUGCUGUGGAGCGAGUUUCAAGGCAGUAACGAUGAUAGACAUCUGAUAAAUGAUAGUUUUGAUAAUGAACGUGAUAAAGGGGAAACUAAAGGUUUGGGAACCACAAUCAUUCAAACUGACACCAAACAGAGGUUGGUGUUGGACUCCAGCUUAAUCGAAGACAUAAUACACAUAAUGGAAAUUUUAUGUUUACGCAAUAUUUAUUUUGACACCGAGCCAAUGAGGAAAUGUAAAGAAAUGUUAAUGCAUUCCUUUCAAGAGAGAUAUCAACGGUUUCAUGAUUGGUAUGUGCGCACUGUAAUAAAAGACAGAGAUAAUCUGCUAAAUAGAAAUAUAAUGCAGAAGCUGUCAAAAGGGAUGAAUUAGUAAAUUGACCAAGUGCACACUGAUAACAAAUACAAAUAUUUCAAUUUAAUAUUUUGCAUUCAGUUUCGAUUAAUUAACAUAAACCUACAAAUACAUAACAAUUUUAAUUAAAAAUUUCUUUUAAG